AUGCCUCGGCCCCGCAACGCGGCCAGCCCAGACCCCGACCCCGACCCCGACCCCGACCCCCUCCAAAAGCUUCUGGCUGUGGAGGACACUGGCAUCGCUGGAGAGGGCUUGGAGGUGCCGUCGCCAGACCUGGAGGAGGUGGAGAGGGAAUGGAAGAGGCGCGAGUGGAAGGAGUGGAGGCUGGACGGGGGGGAGCAGCUGCUCGCCCUGCGCCACUGGCUGGACGCCCUGGAGAAGAGGCUUCCGGCCCUGCCCGACGGAGCCCCUGCGCUGGAGGUGACCCAGCGGGUCGUGCCGUUCCUGGAGGAUGCCCCGGGUGCGGAGCCGGCCCAGGACUCGCUGGAGAAGCUGCUGAGCUGGGUGACCGACAUGGAGGACCUGGUGAGCAACCAGAAGCCGCCCUCGUCUGAGGUGAAGGUGGUGAAAGCCCAGCUGCAGGAGCAGAAGCUCCUGAAACGGCUCCUGGAGGAGCGGCGGCCCCGCGUGGAGCGCGUCCUGCAGGACAGACAGCCGCCUCCGGAGCCGGACGGACAUGAGGGCCUGGCCGAGCUGCAGGAGAAGUGGGCGCAGCUGAUCCAGGAGGCGGAGGCCAGGCACGGCUGCCUGGAGCGCAUCCUGCCGGCGGCCCAGCGCUUCCAGGAGUCGGUGGACGCCUUCCAGGAGUGGCUCAGCGCCACGGAGCGGCACCUGGCCCGGCUCUGGCGCGCCAACGGCUGCGUCAGCCACGUCCGUGACGCCCACCAGCAGAUCCAGGGCCUCUGCGAGGAGAUCCGUCCACGGCUCGGCGAGCUGGAGCGGGCACUGGAGAACGGGCAGCGUGUCCUGGAGAUGGUGACGGGUGAGCACGUGGCGCUGGACCAGCGGCCUGGCAUCCCCCCGUUCAUGGGGGAUGGUGCUCAGACCCCCUCCCUCAUUACUGGGGCACGUGGUCCCCCCACGCUGGCAGGAGCGGGGCUCCCCGUGCCCCACGGGCAGGGGUGCAAGGCAGUGCUGUGGGCCAGGACCCCGGGGUCAGCGCUGGUGUGCUCUGGGGGAGCAGCCUGA